GUGUAUAAAAUAGUUGCACAUUACUAGAAGAAAAUAUGCUCUAACAAUGGACACCAUUUCUUCCUCUUUUACUCUCAAAUCAUCCCAAUCAAGUAACAAUCCCCAUAAUACUCUCUUUUCAACAUUUUCUCCACUAAAGAAGCUAAUACCACACACUAAAAAACUCCCCCUCAAGUACCACUUCAUCACAUCUUCACAAAAGAGACCACCACUACUUGCAACUUUUUUCAAGUCGAUGGAUGAUUUUGUAUGCACCUUCCUCGACCCACCGCUCCGCCCUUCCAUCGAUCCGAAACACGUACUUUCUGGCAACUUCGCCCCCGUGGACGAGCUACCCCCCACCGCAUGCGCUGUGGUGGAGGGCUCCCUCCCGCCUUGCCUCCUCGGCGGGGCUUACAUCCGCAACGGCCCAAAUCCCCGUUUCGCCCCCUGUGGACCCCACCAUCUAUUCGAUGGAGACGGGAUGCUCCACGUCAUCACAUUCACGUCCCCGGACGAGCCCACAUUUUGUAGCCGCUACGUCAAGACUUACAAAUACACAGUGGAGCAAAAAACGGGGCACCCUAUCUUCCCGAGUGUCUUCUCCUCCUUCAACGGCCUUGCAGCCUCCAUUUUACGCGGUUUACUAACCGUUGCACGAGUAGUCACUCGGCAGUUUGAUCCUGUGGCUAACGGCUUUGGCCUGGCCAGCAUAAACGUGGCUCUCAUCGGAGGGCAUCUCUUUGCUUUAGGAGAGUCUGAUCUUCCCUACGCGAUGAAAGUGACACCGAACGGCGAUGUAAUCACCCUCGGCCGCCACGAUUUCUUCUCCGACGAGCCGUUCUCGAUUAUGACAGCUCAUCCGAAGAUGGACCCACAAACAGGGGAAGCCUUCUCUUUCAGAUACCACGUGAUUCCUCCUUUCUUGACCCUUUUCAUAAUCGACCCAAACGGGAAAAAACAACGCGAUGUGCCCAUCUUCUCCAUGAGGAGCACAUCAUUGACUCAUGAUUUGGCCGUCACAAGAAACUAUGUUGUAAUACCCGAUAUUCAACUCGUGAUGGACUUUAUGGAGAUCGCAAAAGGAAGGCCACCGGCGAGAGUUGACUUGGAUAAGGUGCCGAGAAUCGGAGUUAUCCCGAAAUACGCGGAGGAUGAAAGUGAACUUGUGUGGAUUGAGGCACAUGGAUUGAACGUUAUUCACUUUUCGAAUGCUUGGGAAGAAGACGGUGGUGAGACGAUUGUGAUGGUGGCACCUAACCCGACAUUCGUCGAGCAUGCACUUGACAGGCUCGAUUUGGCCCGCCCGAUAAUUGAGAAGAUUGUGAUUAAUGUCAAGGCCAAGACCUUGGUUAGACAUCCCUUGUCCAAUCAAGUUCUAGACAUGGGGAUCAUCAAUCCAACUUAUGCAGGGAAAAAGAACAGAUAUGUAUAUGCGGGAAUAGUAGCUCAACCAAUGAUGUUGGUCGGAGUGGUGAAGAUAGACCUGUCAGCGGAAGAUUCCGUCAGUGGCGGCGGGACGGUGGCUAGCCGCCUAUACAGGCCGGGCUGCAGCGGUAGCGAGCUAUCCUUUGUGCCGAGGGAACCGGGUAAUCCAGCUGCAGAGGAAGACGAUGGUUAUUUAGUUACGUACGUGCAUGAUGAGAAUACUCAAGAAUCCCAUUUCAUAGUAAUGGACGCUAAAUCGCCAACUCUCGAAACUGUUGCUGCUGUGAAGUUACCUGGUAGAGUGCCCACGGGCUUCCAUGGCCUCUUUAUAAAGGAAAGUGAUCUCAACAAACUAUGA